CUCGAACCACCGACGGAAAACGUUCGCUUCUAAAAUUUACAUGUUUUUCAACAACGUUUCCGUACAAUUCUGUAAAUUUUCAGGAUUAUUUAAGUUCUGCUAGUAAUUUGCGAUUAAGGUCUGCAUGGUAAACCACCUAGACAGAGAAGCGAACGAUUAAAUUUUGAGAAGUGCGCGAACAAGAGAGGAUAAGGUAGAAAUGGAGUGUAAGGUAGAAAGAGAAAAGGAGAAUAAAUCCACAAUUGAUGUAGAUGUAGAUCCCUCGGGGAUAGCUAAUUUAAAAAUAGAGGAGAAUAAAUGUCAGUUGUCGAACGCUGUUACCGAUUUGUGUCCAUCGAAGGCGAAAGAGACGACGACGACGACGACGACGACGACGACGACGACGACGACGACGACGGUCACGGGUACGAAAGUGAAGAGAAAAUCGAGAUCGACGCGCAGGAAACUGAACGCGUUGGUCAGCAAUACGUCUCUGCAUUUCUCCGAUACGGAUUCCGAGGGUGAACUGACGACCAUUAAACCCCAAACACGAUCGAGUCAGUCCCUGGAUAUUCAACAGGCACCGACGAUAUCCGUGACAUCCGAUAAUGUGGAGACCACGAACGGAUCGAACGAAAACACGGUAUUGUCGGCCGACAAAGAGAUGCUUCGAUGCAACAAUUUCCUCGAAAGUCUUACGGACGUUGACGAAAUCUAUCCAAGCGAAACGGAGAACGAUCAAAAGGAAAACGAAAGAAGUAGCCUAAAAGUGAGCGAGAAUUGCUGGCCGGACGAAACCGAUCUCGAGGACAUCGAAGGCGGCGAGGAAGUUCAGACAACGAUUUACGUGAAACCGAGAUCCGACGUGUUUUGCGAAUAUGGCGGGGAAACGAUAAUCACCAAAGAAAGCGACGGUCCGUUCUCCGUCGAGAUACGAAACAAAAUGUACGUGGAGGAUGCACGGGAAUCCGAUUCGUGCACCAACGCGCCGGAUAUCGUGCUGAUGUCAAACACCGACGAAGAAGACAUGGCCAUAUCGGACGAAGAAGACACGCAGCAGGAGGUCUGUUGCUGCCAAAAGGAGAUCCUCGAGGACUUUGACGUCCUCGUAGCCUCUCAAAUCGUGAUGAGACACAUUAACAAGCCGGAAAAUAUGUUGAUCGUUCGAGAUAUCAGCGACGAUGCGAUCAGCGAUUGCCAUACCGAUACCGAAGAAGUCGAUCAGAACGAAUAAAAUAGUUUUUAAUUAAAUAUGUGUGUUUUGAGUGCGGUAAGGGCACGAAUUCACAAAUACGUUAGAGUCAAUAAUGCAAGCUAAAAACAUUUACAUCACUUAUUGUAUCUUCCUAAGUACAUUAUUAGUGGGUUGGUAAGAUCUUUUCGACGAAAAUAAGUCGAAACACGACUUUGUUCGGGCCAUUAAUGUUCGGACCCAUUAAUAAUACGAAGAUACGAAAGUUUUCAGUUUCCAUUAAUGAUUGUUAAUUAAAUUGGAGAAGCUGGACUUUAAUUCUCACAGCUAUCGACUAUCGAGGCUAAAGAGACAGAGAUAGUGGUGGGCAUGUAUUCAUUUUACUUUACAUACAUACAUGUAUGUAUAACCGGACACUAUUUCCCUUCAUACUCGAUUAAAAAUAAUUCUGAAUAGGAUCGUGUCUGGAGUGAAUUCUUACUGGAGAAACGUCACCGAGUCAUUAACAAGUCAUGAUUAUGCAGUGAAAAGUAUACGUGGUUAUGUGUAACCAGGAUUUGUUGAUAAACGAAUUUCCGUUAAUUUUCCUCUGAUAUUGUUAUUUGGUAUUAACGCAAUUUUCUGUACUU